UAUUUGUGUGGAAUAUUAGGGGGGGGGGGGUUCAAAGAAGGGAAGAUAUUUGGAUGGGGAAGGAGAUAGAGAAAUUGUGGAGAGAAGUGAGGGAGUUGAGCUUGGGUUCCGAAAUCGACCGCCUUCAUUCUCCUCCCUCUCCGCUUCACUUUCUCCGAGAUUACGUCUCUCAGAGCAAGCCUUGCGUCAUCUCCAACGCCAUUUCUCACUGGCCGGCUCUCAAACUCUGGUCUCAUCCCGCUUACCUCUCCGGAGCUCUCUCGAAUGACUAUGUCUCACUCCAUCUCACUCCUAACGGCUCCGCCGACGCCGUCACUCCGGUUACGAGCGCCGGAGAUCUCUGUUUCGCUUCGGCUCACGUCGAGAAAGUUCCCUUCCCGGAAGCUCUUCAGGCCGUUCGAUCCUCCUCGUCUGAGCGGGAGACCGUUGGAUAUUUACAACAGCAAAACGAUUGCUUUAGAACCGAGUACUCAACUGUUGCUUCGGACUGCGACGGAGACAUCGCGUGGGCUACGGAGGCGCUGGGUUGUUCCCCGGAAGCUGUAAACCUCUGGAUAGGCACUCAUCUCUCCGUUACUUCUUUCCACAAAGACCACUACGAGAAUCUAUACGCCGUCGUUUCAGGGGAGAAACAUUUCCUUCUCCUUCCUCCCACCGAUGUACACCGCCUCUAUGUUCAACCAUAUCCAGCUGCCAACUACUCUUACCAUCGAGAUACUGAAACGUUCAAGCUUGAGAUUGAGCAGCCACUGAGGCAUGUGCCAUGGUGCAGUGUUGAUCCAUACCCUUCGCCUGAGAGGGAAGCAAGUGAGAGAUUGAAAUAUCCUUUCUAUUUUGAUGGCCCAAAGCCCUUUCAUUGUACUCUCAAGGCUGGGGAAAUUCUUUACCUGCCAAGCAUGUGGUUUCACCAUGUUAGUCAAACCCCAGGAGAUGGUGGCUAUACCAUUGCGGUCAACUAUUGGUAUGACAUGCAGUUCGACAUCAAGUAUGCUUAUUUCAACUUCUUACAAUCAGUGUCAUAUGGGUCAUCUUCACUCAGUCCAAUUCUUUCUUGGAGAGAAGAUGAAGAUUCGGAAUCUGGUGAUGGAAAGGUAUGAAGAAUUGAAACAACAUUUUUCUUCCUCAUUUCAAGUUUUACCAGUCAUAGCAAAAGCUUGGAGAUCUGAACGUUGCAUUUGGAAAAUCUUAAGAUUGAGAAUUGUCUGGAUGUUGUUUAUUUGAUCCUUGCCAUGUCAUUUGGUUCUUUCUCGACUAUUCCGUAUGUUUUUUUUUGUCUCCGAGAAGUUCUUUAGAAACAUGGAAUCAUAUGAAAGCUCUUAAAUUCUAUGAAUUGUAUAACUUCUUUGUUGAUGA